UCAUGAAGUCCCGCAAGGAGUGUACACUUUAAUUUGGUUAUCUCGAUGAAGUCUAAUCUCGUCGAUUACAUUCCUUGGUGAGGUUGAACUGAUGAGCUAUUGCGUUCAGAAAUGUUUACCAAUCUUACGUAUUGUUCCUAUACAUGACCCUCCGAAAGCAGCACUCAGUAAUCAAUAAUAAGAAGCAUUUCGGACCUGUCACUCUGUAACAUUCAAGAUGGGAAUUGUUCACCACACUUUGACAUUAAUUGCGUGGAGUAUCCUAUUUUUAACAGCAUUUACCAACGUUAAGGGUAACAAUUGCGAUGUAGAUGAUGGACAACCUACGGUUUGGCUUGGUGACGAGGAUGACGCAUAUUUCUGCCAGGCAAGAGCCGAGCAUUGUGACCACUUCGGUCUUGAUUUCGUUUGUGAGGAUCCGAGUGGAGGAUCACUUAGACCUUGUAUCAUUGGGACCAAAGUGAAGUGUGCAUCACCACCUGCUGUACCCCUGACUGAUCCCACUCCUGCCACCACUAUUAGAGUUCUUGCAUACAACGUCUUUGAGCUACGUUAUCUCUAUUAUCAGAGUGGUCAAAGGGAACGUACAUGUCGUAUUCCAAGAAAAGUCUUCGGUAUGCAUCCAAAUAUAGAUGUCAUUGUGUUCAACGAAGUCUUCAUGGGAGGUUGCUUUGCCCCUUUUAACGAUACCAUCGAAACAAGUACCCUAACCAUACGUGAUAUUCUGGACCAAUAUGGAUUUAUCUAUCACACAGAUACCGUUGGUGUUGGAGAACCUUUCCCAAAAAUUGAGAAUGGAGCUACAUUCAUUGCAUCAAGGUGGCCUAUAGUCAAGAAUGAUUCUCGAGUUUUUGAUAUAGCCGAACCAUAUUCGUGGAUGGCUAAGGGAGUUGUGUAUGCCAUGAUCAAUAAAACUGUUGCUGGACAGAGUGUUAUGUACCAUAUCUUUGGGACUCAUAUGCAAGCUUUCCGAACCCCGAAUGCAGACUAUGUUCGUGUUGCGCAAGCUACAAUCAUCCAUGAAUUCAUGCUGGAGCAAGACAUCGGUGAUGAUGAACCUGUUAUCUAUGGAGGUGACCUGAAUGCAAGACUGAACACAACCAACGGUGAUGACGUCGUUGACGCUCUUGACGCCACACUUCCAACGAUCAUCGGUGAACUCAAUGUCACAUACGAUCACGAGAACAAUGAUGUUUUUGACGAAAAUAACGAUACGAACUGGUGGUUGGACUAUGUCUUGUAUAGUCGAUCCCACAUUCAACCUGACGCUGCUACAAUACAGGUCGUGAGACCUAGGAUGUCUACUCCUUUAGUUGUCUGCUCGACGGCAAUAUCACCUUUCCCAAGCUAUCCCAAUUCUGACCGAUGCGUUGAAAUAAAGAACAUUACAGACCUAUCUGAUCACUAUGCAGUUCUUGGAACUCUUCAAUACAGAAUCGAUUUCCUUACUCCAACAGACUUCCAAAUAACGACUGAUUCAGGGACUGGACGUCUUACCUCAAACAAUUUGGUUGUAUCUCUCACAUUCAUCAUUUUAAUCACAAAACUAGUAAUUGACUGUUGAUACUUGGAUAUCCUGACUUACAGUAAAAUUUGGUUGGCUUUUUCAAAUAAUAGUAGGCCUAAACAUAAUGAUGAAUCAGCCACGUCAGCGGACAUUUCACAUGACUUGAUAUAAAUCAACUACAUUCCUGUGUUUAACCAUAAAUACAACUGUAAGGAUUUGAUGAAACAUGUUUCUAUCAAUAUCAUUGUACGAUAAAAUCUAAAUCGAUCAUACUUAAAGAAAUAUUUUUUACAGAUUAGUUUCCAUUUUUAUUUUGUAACGUCUAGCAUUCAUUUGAAAAGAAG